CUGGAAUUAUGAAUUGUUUGUUGGUAGUGCUAUUAGCUCUAGUCCCCUCUUGGGCGGCUGGUGCCUCUUCGGAUAGUCCGGAGAAUAUCAUCACUAAUGGAAAUCCUGCCUACGACGGGCAGGCUCCCUAUGUGGUGGGCAUGGCCUUCCAGUCGAGCAACAUCUGGUGCAGCGGCACCAUCAUUGCUGACACCUGGAUCCUCACAUCGCCCGCCUGCUUGACCGGAAGCACCGGAGUAACCAUAUACUUUGGAGCCACCAGGCUUAGCCAGGCCCAGUUCACCGUGACUGUAGGCACCGGAGCAUAUGUAACUGGCAACAAGCACGUCGCCCUGGUGAAGGUACCUCGGGUAGGAUUCAGCAAUCGAGUCAACCGGGUCAACUUGCCGUCCAUGCGGGAUCGCUCGAGCUACGACAACAGGUGGGCCAGUGUCUGCGGCUGGGGAGUGACCAGCCUCAGCAACUCCCAGCCCGACUGGCUGCAGUGCGUCGACCAACAGAUCAUGCCCAACUCCGAGUGCGCCGCCUUCUUCGGCUCAUCCACUGUCAACGACCAGGUCCUGUGCACCCGCACUCCCAACGGACGAUCCCCCUGUUUCGGCGACGCCGGCAGUCCUUUGGUCACCCAACAGGGCUCCAUUGUGGUGGGCAUAUCCGAGUUUGUGGCCGCCAAUGGCUGCACUUUGGGCAUUCCGGCAGGAUUCGCCAGGAUCACUAGCCAACUGGAAUGGAUUCGCAGAUACACUGGAAUUGCCAACUAAAGUGGGUUCUC